UCAUCACUGAAUGUCAGGAUGUGUCUUGUGGUAGAGAGCUGUAUAAAUGACUGGUGGUCGUAACAGCAGCGCAUUAUGAAGAUGAGUGCGGCGUAUGGCCUGUUGCUCUCAGUUGCACUGACGAGCUUUAUACUGACUGGCACAUUUGGAGCUGAUAUCAUCAAUGGCAAAAAAGCCAAGAAGAACUCCAUGCUGUACAUGGCAUCAGUGCAGAUUAAUGGAAAACACACAUGUGGAGGAUUCCUGAUCAACCCCAGCUAUGUGCUCACAGCCGCAUACUGCGAUGAAAGUGGUAACAUGACUGUGAUCCUGGGCACCCACAACAUCAGUCCACAAGGAGCAAAUCUGAAAAGAUAUCCAGUGCAAAAUAGACAUAAGCACCCAUCCUACAAAACUGCCAAAACUGGGAAUGACAUCAUGCUUCUGAAGUUGUCCAAGAAGCUGAAAACCGGCAAAGGUGUGAAAACCAUCAAAAUACCGAGCAAAGACAAACCCCUGAAGCCAAAGACCAAGUGCCAGGUUGCAGGAUGGGGUCAAACUGAAAAGGAAAAUGUGGUGAAUGAUCUGCUGGUGACAGAUGUGUCACCUAUCAACUCCUCCACCUGCCAGACAAUGUGGAAAAAAGAGAACGUGGAUCUUCCCCAAAACAUCCUGUGUGCUGGGGGUUACAAGACCAAAAGUGGUGGUUGUCAUGGUGAUAUGGGUGGACCGUUGGUGUGCAGUGGGACAGCAGUGGGAAUUUUCUCUUUCGACAAAGGACGCUGUGACUACCCAAAUGUUCCCAAUGUUUACACUGAAAUUUCUAAAUUCAGACACUGGAUCAAGGAGGUGAUUAAAGGAGGUGCUUGAUGCUAUGAAAAUGCAUUGUUUUGUUGUGCAGUAUGUCAAGCUCAGCUUUUAAGAUGUCUUGUAAAUGCUAGCUUUCAAACCUUUCAAUAAAAUGGAGAAAAGAAACACAAAAAACAAUAAGCAAUGGCAUUUUUUUCUUUCUAAAGCGCCACUUCAGAGAGAGCGAAACCUGUUAGGGGGCAGUUUAAUUCUCAACCAGUGCUAAAGUUCACCACCGCAUCCUAAGUUGCACAAUAAAAUUAUAAAAAUCCAGAGCAAACACAAACCCCUGAAGACAAAAAUCAAGUGCCAGUUUGCAGGAUG